AUGGACUAUGCUCUUAUUACGGUUACGCCCCCCGAUAAGCACGGCUUUUGCUCUUUGGGGGCUGCGGUUGGCACUGCGCGCUCCGCCAUUCAAAACGCCAAGAAGAUCAUAGGUAAGAGUUUCGGUUGUUUUACGCUUGUUUUGUUAGGCCAGGUAAACCCGAUGGCACCAAUCAGUUAUGGUGAUGGCGUUAUUCACUGCAGCAAGAUUGAUUUCUUUGUACAUGGACCCCAAGCCCUCCAGGAGAUUCCGCCUCCGACAGCGACUCAAACCGAACAAAAAAUCGCCAAGAUAAUCGCUGAAAAUCUUGUGGAGGACGGUGCAACAAUACAGCUGGGUUAGUGCAUAUAUUGUUUUAUUUCUGCCCUUUCGGAUCUGAGACCCCCUGGUUAACUUGCACUCUAAUUGGUGAUCUUGAGUCACAACUUUUGAUUUUCAGUUUUGAUCGGUGCGCAUGACUCUUUCUGACUUAUUUUUGAGGACCUGACCCAUAAUAAGAACACUUUCGAUGGAAGAAAAUGUGGAAUGUUGCUAGUCGUUGUAUCUGUCGAUUUAUUGGGCUUAGGCUUUCUUACUAUUUGAGCCAGGUUAUCAUGCAUGUUUGACUUGUACGCCCUUGGUUUAUCAGCAGCCGUUUACUCAACCCAGGGAUUUGCGUACCGGGGAAAUAAAAAACGAAGAGUGCUGCCAAUUUUGGGAAUGACGGUGUUUGUGUUGCCACCAAAAACCAACUCGCCAAGUCCAUUUGUACCCGCUAAAAAUUCAAAUUGGUGCAAAAAAUCCCUGCGACUGAAUGUCAUCCCGCAAUUAUUGCUAAAUAAUUGGAAGUUCUUCUUCAAAGAUCUGUUUGUGUGAACAUUCUGCCUUAUGUAGCCUCUAGAACUUCGAUCCAUCGCUCUGUAAUGGCGGCAUUUUAUGGGGGCAAAGCCGGUAAAUGCGAAAAUCAAAAAUUGUGGCCUGACCGUUGGAUGUACUUGGACCCCAAGAAUCUGUAAUCCUUGUGCUCAUUUGGCCGGCAGAACUAAUACAUCUGGCAACAGUUAGUCAAAGUCGAAAUAUCAUCCAAAAAAUUACUUGUAAAGUAGUUUACGGACAGCUCGGCGCCGUGAGGCUCUGUUAAGUUUGACCAAAAUUAGACCAUUGCUGCCCAUUCUACCGAGGCGUUUUCCUACUAAAGGACACGAAAUUACUUAUCGCUAACUUUGAGGUUACAACGGUAAUCAAUUAAUCGUUCUAAAAUCACCCCUGUUGUCUUAGAAGUUUAUGCACCUAUGACAGUUGUGCAAGCUUUGCUAUUGCGUGCAAGUCAGCUUAAUCUUCAUUCUACCCGUUUUUUUACAAAACCGUGUUUGUGCCUAUGCUUACAUGAUAUUCCUUGAUUUUAUAUUCCAUUUACGACACUUUGUGUUACAUUGUAUUACGAUGUCAAAUAACGACAACAACACAACUCUUCAACUCCACAUAUCUAACAAACUAGCAGCACUUUUGGGACCAUACUGUUAUGCAUAUUUAGCACAUUUGCGUGACCUGUGUAUGGUCUAUUUUGCUUUUAAGUUUAUAAAAUCUCAAUCGUGUCAGUGGAGGACGCAGGUCUGAUAUGCAUAGGUUGCUUGAUAAUUAACAUUAAUAAGUAAUUCAUGGAUAUUUUGGCAGACCCAAGUGUGAUAAAACUCGCGUCGUCCGGCGGGGCCUCGUAGCUCAGGUGGUUAGAGCGUUGGCUGUACUAAAGCCUUCCCCCUUACUGCGUGAGUUCGAAUCCCACCGGGGCGCCGAGUUUUUCACAGUUGGGUCAAUAUGAAUUAAUAAGUAACUCAUAACCAACUGCUUUGGGUCAAAUUUCCGAACGCCCGACCUGGGCGGUAGCGGUAAAUACGUCAAAAAUGGUCAUUCCGGUCUCACAGUUUUCAACUGCCUGAUAUUUUCUAACGUAGGAUUUGGCCGCAUACCCUUCGAAGUGACCACCCAACUUCGUGGCCACCGUGACCUAGGCGUUCACGCUGAAAUGUUCUCCGAUGGAGUUGUUGAUCUGGUGAACCUCGGCGUUGUAAAUAACAGAAAUAAGACAGUUCGACGUGGACGCAUUGUUGCCAGCUACACCAUUGGCACUAAGAAGGUUUUCAAUUUUAUUAACGAAAAUCCUCUCGUUGGUAAGUCUUUUACUGUUUUUCUCACCUUAUAUAGGGAAACAAACUAUAAUCGAUAUGACUUCCUUCUAUUCCAUUAAGCAGUAUAGAAUGCGGUAACACAUGGAGUUUGUAUUAUUGUUACCUGAUGUAGUCUUUUUAUUAGUUUUUUUCUUAAAUCGCUCAUUGGCAUUCCACUAAUUUUCUGCCUUUUGCUAUCAUUAAAUUUUCUCAGAACGUUUACCGAUCUAGUCACCUGUACUUACUCGAGACUAUGAGCAUUCCUUUGAGCGACUCAGGAAAUCCUUAAAGUUUCUUUACUUUUUGAAGUAACCCUAUCAGCUUCGGUUUGCUGGAACCCUAUUGCAUGUUGAAUGGUCGUUUUAUCUUAUUCUGUGGAUCUCAUUGGCAUAACACUUCCAUUACACUGCGUUUAUCGUGCCAUCGUUUCUUUGAACACUAAAAUUGACCAUGCUGAUUCCUGAUUACACAGACAGAAUCGUGGAUAUUCAUGUCUAUUCGGGAAAAUAUGACAAUGACCAGAUCGCCAAUCGGGCCCGGCUUAGGGGUGGACCUUAACCCGCAGAGUGACCGUGGUGGUGGAGGCCUUAUUUGUAGAGCAAAAUUUAGUAACUAAUAUCGUUUUCGCUUAUGACCUUGUUUCUCCUACUUCCUACUGAUGCUUGUUCUACCACAAUUGACUGACUGGGACAAAUAACUGUCCUUUGAGGUGAGAGUUGUUCGGGAACAGACUUGGUUUUCCUGGUUUUCACUGUAAUUCUCCUAUGGCUAUUAACUUGCGCAACAGAUCGUAUUGAUUGGUGUUCCACGUUUUGUGUCAGUCUCCGCAUCUUUCAUUUCCUAACGACACAGUCCUUGUUAUUAUGCAACGUACUUUUUCUUCCCGCAGAACAUUGGUACACAUCACCUUUAUUGGUGUUUAGCUUCCCAAGUUUAAAGGCUAUGUCUUUUAAGUUCAGAAUCCCUUGGUAACUUAUUUGUUUAAUGCCAAUUUUACUUUACUUGAUCUUCUUCCGAUGUAUCUUCUCAGCACUCUACGAUAUCGGGUGGGUGAACUCCCUCGAGGUUAUCGCUCGAAACCCGAAGGUGACAUCUGUCAAUACUGCCUUCGAGAUAGACCUGACGGGACAAUGCGCUGGUGACAGUCUCGGCGACCAUAUUUACUCCGGUAAAUUGAUCCUAUGAAUUUUUUACUUGUUAUUUGUGAUACAUAUUACACUUUGCAUAAGUGAGCAAAGCGUAAAGCCCAAAGGAUCGAGGAAUCAGGGUAUCUUUGUCCAUAGUCUGAAAUUUCCGAUGGUUUAACCAUCACGCGCAAAACAGUAGGGACAUUUCGUUGAUUUUGCUUGAGUGGAGGUUCUUGAUCGAGACAAGGGACGAACCAAGCGGGUCAGAUUCCCGAACAUGGAGUCAAACAGUUAGCAUGUCGAUCCCAUUCAACUAACUGGAUUCCAAGUCUCUACCGGUCCCAAAGAAGCCGAACUCAGAGUUCAUGGAUGCCACCAGUCGGCAGCAGCACUUUACGGCUGGUUUACUUGGCACAACCGCCUUCAUAGGUGACCUCAGAAGAUCGCAGGACAAUGAGACUGACCAUCUUCUACUAUCCCGACAACAGUUGACUUUCCGCAUAUUUCUAGUCUCUGAAAAUAAACCCCAUAUCCAACUGCCUGAAACAGCAGACCGGGAGCAAACGUCUUCGGGCAGGUUCUCAUGAUUUCAUGCACUGUACUUGUGACGUACAUUGUAAUAUCUGAAAUUGAAAAUGACUUGCAGCGACACGAAUUACCGCGUCUUGCUUUUUCUCGGUCCAUUGUUUUGCCUUUGUUGAACGGGUACCUGGAGAGAUUUCUCGCGUCUCUUCAGUACAAUUUAAUGCUGAUUCUCUAUCUGAAUGAGUUCUUGAGAAGGAAAAAUUAAAGUGGAGUACUACGUUUAUUCCUCGGAUUUCCAGAUGACCCACAGAGUAGUCGAUGUUCACAUAGCCUAGGUUGAUACUCUCUAUCGCUGGAGUCAGCGGACAGGGCGCCCGGUGAUGCGGACUUGAGCAUACCACUUUCGUACCCCUUAGGAGUUACAGGUGUAUAUGCGGUCGCUAGCUUUGAUUAACCGCGUCAGAAAGAAAUGCCGCACAAGUAGCCUUGGAUACUUUGACCUAUUCUACAUACAGAUAUGGGCGGGUUAUUCUAGUCGGACAGGGAGUCUUUGUCUCGUUCUGUUGACUAAACCACAUACUGCCUAGGCCUGAGCAGUCAGGUUUAUCGAGCUCUGUGUUCCCAGGCCGAUGCAGAAUGUAGAGGACAGACAUACAGACGGAUGUGUGAAUCGAGCACAGUUUUGCCAUGCCAGGGGAAAGUGUUCGAAAAAGUUGACUGUUUAACUCUUGAGGCAUCGUAGGCCACAAUGUCACACUGACUCAGGCUGUUACUCAUUGCGGUUCAUGAGAGACAUACACUUUCGUAGAGAGAAUGGAAAUAUACAAUGGAAGGAGCCACGAAGAAGUAAAAAAAAGACUGCAUAUCAGGUAUGGCACUGAUUUUAGUUACCAGUGACGAAUUCAUAACAAGCCUAGCUGGGCAUUCAACUUCUUUGUCGGGCGUAGUAAAGAUUUAAUUCGUACUGCAUCACUAAUGAGCCACCAGCGUUCCUUUGUCAACUUCCACCGCGGGUAAACAGCGCAUCCGUAAAGUCUUGUGUCAAUAGCUAAGAACAUGAAAGACUGUUGACAAAAGUCAUCUUAUGUCGACCUCUGCCAAGCGUGCGACCAAACUUUUCUGGUGGGUCGCGCUUCUGAUCUGUGAAGCAGUACUUAACUUCCACAUGUUUUAUCCUGACUCCCACUACCAAGAGGCGUCAGCCGGUCCUGCAUUAGUCGUUGACUACAGUAGUCUUCUUAUCCUUGAAGACCGGUGGAUGCAACAAUGCCCUUUUUGAUCUAUGAGCCUUGACUCUAGCUAGGAAUUUUAGACCUACGCAUCAAUCGUCUUGCCCGGAACUCACCGUGUUGCUCACGUUCUCAUUAUUGUAGUUUUAAAUUGCCGUUGAAAUCAAACUAACUGUUCUUGGUGUUUAGAAAUGCAGCAGUCGGAACUUUUACCCUGAGUGUCAAACCGGUAAUGCGUGCUUUUUUAUUUGAUCUGCAGGAGUUGGUGGUCAGAUUGACUUCGUGCGUGGGGCCUCCCUCUCCAUUGAUGGACGUGGUCGUCCAAUCAUCACAAUGUGCUCCAAAAACUCUGCUGGCCAGUCUUCUAUCGUUCCCUUCCUGACGAAUGGCAGCGGCGUUGUUGCCACACGUGCUCAUGUUCACUACGUGGUCACCGAGUACGGCAUUGCCUAUCUGUUUGGCAAGAACCUUCGUCAGAGAGCACAUGCUCUCAUCAAUAUUGCUCACCCCGACUUCAGGUAAAUCUAUCUCCUACUUGUAGUUUACUAACCUGAUUAAGAAUUGUUUUCUGGGCUCGCCUCCGACCCGAAAGCCUCCACGAACUGCUUGGUUUCCGGAUGCGAUGACUUCUUCUCAGAGUGGCCUUAACGUCAGCUCUGGCCAAGUUGAGGUCUAGAUUUUUCUGACGAUUGGUUUGUAGUGGUGUUGGGACCAGCGUGUGUGCGGUGCACCUCUCCAAACACCGCAUGCACCUUCGUCUACUGAGUCUUGUCCUGACAUCAGGACACUAUGGGCAUGGAAAAUGGGUGAGGUAGUUCUCACCUUCACGUAUAUGUCAUCAUUGCUCUGUCAGGCCAGUGAUAGCAAUGGACGAUCUAUUAAAACAUUGCGCAUACCGGCAGUUACACAGUCAGUUUAACUUUAUAAGAAACACAACUCCGCAGAAUAUAGCGAAAGUUCGACGAAACAUUCCAUAAGAGUGUACCUGAUAUCCUCUGGCGCUUUGUCCGCUUUCUUAUGACCUGUGCGUCGGAACCUGGUAGACUUUUGAUUUCAUACCUCUUGGCGUGCUCGAUGAAUGUUUGUCUCACUUUCAUCUAUUUUUGGCUAGUUCUGGUUGUUCGUUGGAGCAGGUAGAUGAAUCAAUAGACGAACUAAGUCGUUAUUUUUAGACUCACUUCAAGCCACGUGUUCUAUUAGCCUGCUGGCCUGUGGACCAUUGUAACGUUCUCAAUUAUGCUCUGUUGCGACUGCACCGAUUAGAACGAAUGCUGGUUGGAGUGGCCUGUCCCCGAGGGAGACUUUGUGCAUAAUUCGCCGCAUUUCAUGGGGUGCCUUAUUUUGAGAAAGCGUCUUUGGGCCACUGGUAAUCGUCGCUCCUGUUAUCACUCGUGAGCGUCUCAUUGACUCCUGACGACUCAGUUUUAGUAAAGAUAGUUUACGUAGACUGGCGAGGACGUGGUGUUGCAAAGCACUUUCUCGUUUUCAUACUGAUCGUGUUAUUGGUCUUGAUUAGGCGGACCGUACCGCGGCCAUAAGUAAGGAGGACCUCAACUUCCAGCACCAACUGUGAUCUCUUCGCAUUCGUACCUUCUGAAAUUUCACAGCACGGUGGAUAUUUGCAUGAUAGUUAGGACUUACCAAACCUUUCUGUAUAUACCAUGUCUCUCCUCGAUCGCUCGAAAUACUACGUCAGCCUCAUGGCUGGUAAUGGUAAUGGCCUUAGUGAGUGACAGGUUUCGGCUGAAGUUCCUUUACAUUUUUCUGGUGUUCCUCCACUUACUACUCGCCCACUCCUUCGACUUCGAAUUACGAUUUUAUAGAUGACCUCUUAACGCCCCCCCCCUCCCCUACAUAAAACGAAGAUGCCGCAUUUAAGUCACGGAUUUCGGUAGAACGUUUCAAAGUACUGACUGAAAAAGUGAUCUUCUGGAUCUCUUCAUGGUUGUGUGUAGGUUCAGUCUUCCCAUUUGAAGUUAAGCCUAUCACCGUUACGUAUUCGUGCUCCACAUCGUUUUCGUUGAAAAGCGGUACUCCCACCCUUCCCUCUGCACCAGGCCUCUAGCUUCUGAGAGUUUUAUCUUUCUGCACGUUGCGUGAGGAAUUAAUUGAUUUGUUUCGUGAAGUACCAAUAGCCUUAAACUCUUUUAUUGUCUCCUUUUCUGUGUCUCAGGGAGUCGUUGGAGAAGGCUGCAUUCGAACGUCUCAAGACUAUGCCAUCACCAUGA